ACAGCUUUGCAAUGGUCAAACUUGCAUUUUUUACGGUUGCCUGUGGGCUAACCGCUCCUACCAAUGCGCUGCUGCGCUUUGGGUGCUCUCAACUGACAGUCCAACGUCUCGACCCUCUCGUGAACCCAGGAGAAACACCAUCUACGCAUCUGCACCAGAUCAUCGGAGGCAACUCAUUCCAACCCUCCAUGGAACCAUCCACCCAUGACCUCCCCACACUCUCCAACUGCACAACAUGUGGAUUCACCGAAGACUUCUCCAACUACUGGACGGCGGUGCUCUACUUCCGCGCCCGCAACGGCACCUUCAAGCGCGUGCCGCAGCUGGCCCAGGCCGGCAUGGAAGGCACCAACGGCGGCAUGGUGGUGUACUACAUGUCGGACGCGCUCUUCGACACCAAGCAGCUGUCCAACGUAACGGCGUUCAAGCCAGGCUUCCGCAUGCUGGUCGGCGAGGUUGCGUACCGGGACCGAGACCAGGCCCGCGACUUUCGCCAGCUGACGUACACGUGCAUGGAGAGCCAAAUGUCCCGUGCGCCCGAGACCAUGCACUUCCCCAAGACGCCGUGCCGCCUGGGCAUCAUGGCGAACCACCGCUUCCCGACGUGCUGGGACGGGGUUAAUGUUGACUCGCCGAACCACCGCGACCACGUCGCGUACCCAGAGGAAGGGACGUUUGAGUCGGGGGGGAGGUGUCCCGAUACGCACCCGGUCAGGAUCCCGCAGAUUCUGCUGGAGACGGUUUGGGACACGAGGCAGUUUCAGAACAUGGACGAGUGGCCAGAGGAUGGGAGUCAGCCGUUUGUGUGGAGCAGCGGUGACGCUACUGGGUUCAGCCACCAUGCCGACUAUUUGUUUGGGUGGGAGGGGGAUUCACUGCAGAGGGCGAUGGAUGCGCAUUCAUAUGUCCUCACACCGACGCUAAAGACGCAGAGCAUUGCGGAGCAGAACAAGUGCCAGGUGAGGGAUUAUGUGGGAGAGGAGAUUGAUGGAUGGCUGGAUGCUUUGCCAGGAGGCAUGCAGUCUGCUUUCAAUCUCACAUCCCCCCGUAGAACUUCAGUCUCGAAAUCGUCGCCGGUAAUUAUCCAACUCAACAUCUUUCGUAUCUAG